AUGGCCAAGAAACGUCGUGUCGUCACGAAAAUCACGUCACCCAUGAGCUCCUCCUCACCCUUUUCAUCGCCUGUAGUGACAACACCCAAUCGAUCACGUCGCUUCAACGUGUCACAUGUUCAAACAAUACGAUCGGGUGUUGCUGCUAGCACGCGUUCGCAAUUGACUGUGUCUCAAUUACCAGUACUCUCACCACCUUUAAAGAAACGGAUGACGUCGCGUCGUCACUCGAAACCCAUGAAACUUCAGCUACCAGAUGAACAUUAUGACGGACAAGAAGAUGAGAAUGAUGGUCAAUUCACAGGUUGUUGUACUUACAAUAGUGACACUGCAACAGAAGACGGAGAAGAAAAAGUGCACUUGAUCAAGCCAGAUCCUUAUCUACCCGAGACGUAUCAAUGUCAAGCUACUGUUUUAAGACAUGGAGGAAGUUAUUAUGAUGCAAUGCUUACAAAAGCACGCGUCCACACUAAUCACAGCGAAUUUAUCGCGUUGCAAGCACUCGAGUAUGAAAAGCAGUUUUAUCUUUGGACAAGAGCAGGACGUGUAGGAUGUGCAGGCAAAACGACAUUUUCAGGCCCAUUUUCAAGUAUUGCCAAGGUCACUUUUGAGUUUCGGACCUUGUUCACGUCACAUACGAAGUGUGAAUGGGAGGAACGUCAUACAAUGCUCCGAUAUCAGGAAGGCAGCUAUACGUGGAUUGAACUGGAUUAUUCUACUGGUACGCCAUACUCUGAGUCUCUUACGAGUGCACUCACGGACAAUCAGGGAGAAAUGGACAAUGCAGACAAUUUCCGAGACUUUGAUCUUGUGCCGACAUCACCGUCACCGCUUCCAGUAGUUUCGUCUACUACUCGCAAACGUCGACGAGCUGCUACAAGGAUGACUUAUGCCUCAGCUACGUCAACGACUACCGCAACAACGACGACAAGUGUACGGCGGUCUCUGAGCACCCAAUUUGACUGGCUGUAUGCAAACUCGGAUGGCGAUAUUGCUUGUGCAGCUUCUUCUGAGACAUCUUCUUGUGCAUGUGCUACUGCACCGCCGUCGCGUUUACCAACCGCGGUGCAGGACUUUUUGACACUUAUUGCUGAUCAUGCCGAGCUGUCGUACGCUUACACAGUCACAGACGACCUAUCGGGUGACGCUAUCAUGAAGCUACCGCUUGGACGACUGUCCAAAGCAACAAUCAAGCGCGGAUAUGAGACUUUGGAGGAAAUCUACGAAGCACUGCGCAGCAGGCAGGUGUCUCGAGCAAAGCUGACAAAUCUGAGUAGCCACUUCUACUCACUUAUUCCGCAUCACUCGCGUCUCGAGGUUAUUGAUACAAUGGUGAAAGUUGGCAAGAAGGUCCAGCUGAUGACUGAAGUCGGUGUUAGCGUGCGUGGAAUGGCCCAUGAGCCGGUGGCUCGACAGUGUAGUUUAAGAAACUACUUGGAUGAGUGUUACAAUUUGUUAGAAUGCGAACUACAACCUGUGAAGAGCACGGAUCCCGAUUUCGCACUAAUUCAGACGUACAUUCGCAACUCGAACUGCUGUGGCCGAAAACAAGACCGGCUGCAGCUGCUUUCAGUCUUUCGCGUUGAGAAGCCCGAGCAAGAGACGCGCUUUGAGCCUUUUCGCAAAUUUGCCAAUCGACGGAUUCUGUGGCACGGCAGCCACUUGGCAAACUGGUUGGGCAUCUUGUCGGAAGGGCUGCGAAUUGCGCCGCCGGAAGUAGCAUCGAAUGGACGAACCUUUGGCAAAGGUCUAUACUUUACAGACAAGGUGACAAAAGCGCAGGCAUACUGCCAUUGCCGACCUACAAAUGGGUACAAUCAAUGCGUGUUUGCUUUGAGCGAAGUAGCGUUGGGUAAGAGCAAGGAGAUGCUGAACUCGGACGACAAUGCGAAACAGUUUGUACACAUAGGAGCAGGUGGACGUGCCCAAGGAGCGUACUACCAUAGCUGCAAAGGUGUUGGAUCAUGCCGCCCUGACUCCACCGGUGAAGUCGUGGACAUUUAUGGUGCCGUUUGGCCUGUUGGCAAACCAGUUCAGCCCGAAGAGCGUACGGGACUACAUCACAGCGAGUAUAUCAUUUACAAUCUGAACCAGACACGGAUGCGCUACGUCGUGCUGGCUAGAAGCCCUUAUUAG